AUGUCUUCAAGCUUUGAAAUUGAGACGCUGCAGAUAUCGGAAAGCGGAGAGGAUUGCCUGUUUUUCAAAAGCAACGGUCAACAAAUCUCACCGUGGCACGAUAUUCCCUUGUUUACAGACGACAAGUGCGAGAUCUUGAACAUGAUUAUAUCCAAGGGAGAUAGGUACAACCCUAUCAAGCAGGACAUUUCCAACGGCCGACCAAGACAGCUUGCAGACAUUGCUCCAUUCCAAGGCUACCCCUGUAACUACGGUGCUCUUCCUCAGACUUGGGAAGAUCCAAAUUUCAUCGAUACCCACACAAGACUUGGAGGAGAUGACGACCCGCUCGAUGUUUGUGAGAUUGGUAGCGCACUUGGCGCGUGUGGUCAGGUGAAGAAGAUCAAACCUCUGGGCGCUUUUGCUCUGUUGGAUGAAGGACAAACAGACUGGAAAAUUGUUGCUGUCGACAUUGGCGACCCUCUUGCCAAUGAGCUUUCGGAUAUAUCUGAUGUGGAAAGGUACCUGCCAGGUUUUCUGGAUUCCCUGAAAGGCUGGUAUUGUCGGUAUAAAGUGCCAGAGGGAAAGGGCGAGAACAGGCUCGGACUGGACGGGGAACUGAUGAGCCGCCAGUAA